AUGGCGGAUUGGAAGGAGGGACCCGUGCCCAUCAUCCACAUGUAUGGCCUCACGAGGGAGGGGCACAGCGUGUUGGUGCACUUGCACGGAGUACUGCCCUACUUCUACGUUCCCGCUCCGCACGCCCAGUUCUCUGAGGACGACUGCGAGAGCUUCCGCCUCGCCCUCAACAGACGGUGUGCGAGCCACGCUCGUGGAGCCAAGGAACGCAAGGACUACGUCAUCGCCGUCGCCGUGGAGCAGAAGGAGUCCAUCAUGGGCUAUCACGCCGACAAACGGAAGCCCUUCUUGCGUAUCACGAUGGCCAUGCCUCCUCUUGUGCCUGCUGCUAGAGGCAUUCUGGAGGCUGGUCUCGUGUUCGAUGGCUAUCCCAAUGGCAGAACCUUCCAGACGUACGAAUCCAACAUCGCGUUCGUGCUGCGCUUCAUGAUCGACAAGAAGAUGACGGGCGCCGCCUGGCUUGAACUCGCUGCCAAUAAGUAUGAAGUCGUACCCGACGACCAGAAGGUCUCACACUGCCAAUUCGAACUGCACGCCAAGGAGACGGACAUCACCGGCCACGCCCCUGAAGGCGUCUGGUCGGACAUCGCGCCCUUCCGCGUUCUCUCCUUCGAUAUUGAGUGCGCGGGCAGACGAGGCGUGUUCCCCGAGCCGGAGAUGGAUCCGGUCAUUCAGAUCGCCAACGUCGUGUCUGUGCAAGGAGAAAACGGCCCGAUCGUAAAGAACGUUUUCACCGUCAAAAAGUGCAGCCCCAUCGCCGGCGCCGAAGUGCGUUGCUACAGGACAGAGGCGGAAAUGCUUCUGGCGUGGCGCAAGUUCGUGGAGAUUGUGGACCCGGACAUCCUCACCGGCUACAACAUCAUCAACUUCGAUAUCUGGUAUCUGCUCACGCGCGCCCAGAAGCUGGGCCUCGUUGACUUCCCCUUCUGGGGACGCAUCAAAGCUCAGCGUUCCACGAUGAAGGACACGACGUUUUCGUCGAAGGCCUUUGGCAAGCGUGACUCGAAAGAAAUCAAGAUCGGCGGUCGCGUGCAACUCGACGUCUUGCUUGUUAUCACACGCGACUACAAGCUUCGCUCCUAUACACUCAACUACGUCUCUCAACACUUCUUGGAGGAGCAGAAAGAAGACGUGCAUCACUCGAUCAUUACAGACUUGUACAAUGGCACAAACGACCAGCGGAGGCGCUUGGCCGUUUACUGUAUCAAGGACGCGUUACUGCCACAGCGUCUGCUCGACAAGCUCAUGUGCAUCAUCAACUACAUCGAGAUGGCACGAGUCACGGGUGUCCCGAUAGCCUUCCUCCUUACGCGUGGUCAGCAAAUCAAGGUCCUCUCGCAGCUCUACCGUAUCGCCAACACCGAGGACCUCCUCAUCCCCGCUGUCAAGGUAGCCAAGCCCACGGGAGAAGACGGCAAGGGCUACAAGGGCGCCAUCGUGAUCGCCCCCAAGACGGCCUACUACGACGUGCCCAUCGCCACCCUCGAUUUCGCCUCGUUGUACCCGUCCAUCAUGAUUGCCCACAACCUCUGCUACUCCACGCUUCUCGCUCCCGGCGAAGUCAACUCCCACCCGCCGGAGAGCUAUGAGCGGAGUCCCGGAGGCGAGUGCUUUGUGCGGGAAGAGACCAAGCCCGGCCUGCUGCCGCGCAUUCUCAACGGCCUUCUGGAGGCCCGCGCCCGGGCCAAGGCCGAGAUGAAGAAAGAGACGAAUCCCUUCAAGCAGGCUGUGCUCAACGGAAGGCAGUUGGCUCUGAAGGUGUCGGCCAACUCGGUGUACGGUUUCACCGGCGCCACGAUCGGCAAGCUGCCGUGUCUCGCCAUUUCGUCGGCCGUCACGGCCUACGGCCGUGAAAUGAUCGAAAAGACCCAGGCCACCGUGCUGGAGCGCUACCGCGUGGAAAACGGCUACUCCCACACCGCUGACGUUAUCUACGGUGACACGGACUCGGUCAUGGUCAACUUUGGCGUUAAGACCGUCGAGGAGGCGAUGAAAUUGGGCAGGGAAGCGGCCGAGUAUAUCACGAAGCACUGCUUCGAGCAGCCGAUCAAGCUCGAGUUCGAGAAGGUGUACUACCCGUAUCUGCUCAUCAGCAAGAAGCGCUACGCCGGGCUGUGGUGGGGCCGGCCCGACAAGUACGACCACAUGGACGCCAAGGGUAUCGAGACGGUGCGCCGCGACAACUGCGCGCUGGUGCGCAACGUCGUGCAGGAGUGUCUGGACCGCAUCCUCAUCGAGCGCAACAUCGACUCGGCCGUGGACUACGUGAAGCAGAUCAUCUCCGACCUGCUGUGCAAUCGGCUCGAUCUGUCGCUGCUGGUGAUCACGAAGCAGAUCUCGCGCAACAGCGAGGACUACAAGGCCAAGCAGGCCCACGUCGAGCUCGCCGAGCGGAUGGCCAAGCGCGACGCCGGAUCGGCGCCCGUGGUGGGCGACCGCGUGCCCUACGUCAUCGUCAAGGGCGCCAAGGGCUCCCGCGCCUACGAGCGCGCCGAGGACCCGCUCCACGUGCUCGAGCACAACAUCCCGCUCGACGCCCAGUACUACCUCCACCAGCAGCUCGAGAAGCCCCUGCUCCGUAUCUUCAAGCCCAUUCUCAAGAACCCCGAGAGCCUGCUCACCGGCGAGCACACCCGCACCAUCUCCGUGCAGACCCCGACCGUGGGCGGCAUCGUCUCCUUCGCCAAGCGCACCCUGUCGUGCAUGGGAUGCAAGGCCCCGCUCGUGGGAGGCGAGACCUCGGUCUGCCGCUACUGCCGCCCGAUGGAGGCCGUCUACUACCAGGAGCGCCUGGCGCGCGUGCAUCGCCUCGAGCAGGAGUUUGCGUCGGCGUGGACCCAGUGCCAGCGGUGCCAGGGUUCGUUCCACGAGACGGUGCUCUGCACCUCGUGCGACUGCCCCAUCUUCUACAUGCGCAAGAAGAUCCAGAAGGACCUCGCCGACUCCCACUCCCUCCUCCUCCGCUUCGACCCGCCCGCCGCCUCCGGCUCUGGCUCCUCUCUCUCCUGGUGA